UCUAGUGGUCCAAAGGUCUCCCAACUAUUAUGGUAGUUUGAAAAGAUUCCUAACUCCACCCUUCGGGCAUCCAAUCAAAAACAAGCAGUUCCUGACACACAAUUUGGAAUGCUUCAUAACACAACACUACUAAAAGCAUUACAUAAACACACAUCCCUUUCUCCUUCACAUGGACACAACCUAGCUGAGACAUAACAUGUAGAAGAGGAGAAGGCUGAGAAACUACUCAGACUAAGAAUUUGGUUCAUUUAUUAGAGAGCGGCUUUCGAGAGCAAGUGAAUUCAGGCUUCAACAAAGGUUAUUCAAAUUGAAGAGGGUGAAUGGAGCUCAGACCCUGGACUUCAUGGGCUCAAAUUAGUGUGUGAAGUCAAAAGUAUCCCACCCCCAUACAUCUUAAACACUCAUUUCAUUUUGGGUAGAAUUGUCUCCAAUGUUAUGAACACUGAGGGUAUUUCAUAUAAAAAGGAACACCCAGUCACCUUUCCACAGAAAUGUUUACUUUUCCUCAAGGUGCCACAUUGUGCCAUCUGUGGUUCAACUUGGCCACUUUGUGCAGGUCUCUAACUGCUCGACUCUGUUCAGGGAUUAGCCAGCUGCACGGCCCGAGGGGAGGGGCUCAGCAUUCCAGCCAAGCACCUCUGUGAAUGUGUGUGUGUGUGUGGGUGCAUGUGUAGAAAGAGUGAGGGGCCCUCGGAGCUAAUUGGCAGUGAGGUUGACAAAGGUGGUCCGCUUCAAAAGAGAAACCCUGGUGAGAUGUUCACACAGGAGAAGGGGAGGGGAGUACGGGAGAGUAAGAGGGGAUUUCAGAUGUGGAGUUUAUUCCUCAUGGUCUUCCCAUCCUGAGUUGUGAUGGCGGUCGUCGUUGGUCAUUUCCAGGGACAUAUGUGCUGUUUGGUUGGAUCUUUUUGAUGAGAGAAGGAUGUAUUGAGGCAGCUGUGAAAGCAAACUCUGGAUGGCGAUGAGUCAAGUGGAAGUGGAGGAGAGCAUCAUGGCAUACCUGUCACAGAGCGAGACUGACGCCGGCCCCAAAGACUUGAAUGUGGUGGCGAUGCUCCAUAACUUCUGGGAGCAGAGGACUCAGUCCAACGGUUCCUCUGAUGAAUCAGACGGUUCUGUUGGGGAAGCCCCCGUCCACACUGAGAGCUUACUGCUGUACGAGUCUGCUGCAUCCCCCGGCCCCCCAUACGUCUGCUAUGUGACCCUGCCUGGAGGAAGCUGCUUUGGGAACUAUAAGGUGUGUGACACCCAGGCAGAGGCUCGGCGGGACGCAGCUCGCGUGGCUCUGAUGAACUCUCUUGUGAACGAGCUGCCGUGUCGGCGCAUCAACCCUCAGUUCAUCACUCACAGUUUGGAGCAGGCGGCCACAGACAGUGCUGUCACUAUGGAGGAUUCUUGUGAUUCAAGCACCAGUAUAGGAACCUACAGUUUGCUGCUUCAUUCCUACAAAGGAAAGACAAUGUUGGAGUUUCAGGAAAUGAUGACAAUUUUCCAGUUGUUGCAGUGGAACGGGACACAGGCUCUGAGGGAGAGGCAGUGCUCUCGGCAGAGUGUGAUUUCCUAUUCCCAGAGAGGACUUGAUGAGUACAUGCGUAGCAGCAUGGCUCUGGAUUGGCUGGGGCGGGAGCAGAGGUCAGCGGGGCGCCUGGGGGAGGAGCUGCAGGUGGCGCAGAGGGAGCUGGUGUUUGCCCGCCGCCGAGGCAUAGAGCUGCGCUUCUACAAGGAGCGAAGACAGAGAUCCUCACUGGCUCUGAGUCAGGCAUACAUUCACCACACACCUGAUGCCUUCAGUGAGGCGUCCAGGACCCAUACAAGCAAAGAAGAACUUCCUCUACACACAUUAUUCAGCCACAUCACAGACGUCCAGAUAACCCCACCCUGCAGUCCUUCACCAACCCCUCCAAAAAACACAAAGAAAACAGUCUGUCACAUCCUCUGGCAAACCACUUCAGCUCAUAACAGUCCUGCUCCGUGCUCACAGUACCACAUUCUGCCUUGAUUUUUAAAAUAGACUGAAGCCGAAGUAAAGGAUGGACUUUGUCUUGUAAUAGAGCUAAAACUCCUUCACUGGAGAUGUCACAUCACAUCUAUGUAAACACAAGAGUUCUGUGAAAAGAUGUGUGCUAAGUUUUGUCUAAAUAUUAAUGUUCUAACCUUACUUUACACCUCUUUUGUGACUAUAGAACAAGGAACUUGAGCUAGAUAGGGUAUUUAAAUCUCCUACACACAGAACAAGCAGCAUUCAAAUUAUUCCUGAAAUCUAUUUGCUAGAUGUGGUUAAAUUAUAAAAAGUGUCUGGCUCUCUAAGUUUGCUAGAGCACUCUGCUUUCCUGCCUUAGCUUUUUAUACUGUAUCAGUUCAGUUGUGUUUUCGUUUUGCCAAUAUUAUGAUUUACUUACUUAAAAACAGGAGUUUAAAAACUUAUAUAUUUAACCCUGUUAAUAUUAAAUUAAAGUAAUCGAUAAACUAAUUUAUUCUACCAGAAACUCCUCUCCCUUCCCUGCCCUCACUCUUCCUUUCUUUUCUCUGCCUAGCAUGUCAUCUGGCAUGUUAAUUCCCUAAUGGAAAUGACUUGCCAAGGCAAUUCAGGAUACUGACGGACCCUGUGACAAGUUGCAUGAGUGUUGGACGUAUGCUAUGAGACAAUAAUAAAUGUAACACAAUGAUGUCAUUAUGUCAGAGAGAAGCUGGAUAUAAAAUACAACCUGGUUUUGUAUUUAUCAGGAGACAACUCGGAAUGGCUGGUCAUGUCAUCUUUUAAGAACUAGCACAUGUUCCCAUUGUAAAAAUUCAUAGUGAU